ACAAAGAAUUGGCAACCAAACAGAAAUGAAAGAACCAAGUUAAUAGGAGCUCACCCAUGUCAAUAACAGGUUCUCAUCAUGGCAGCCGUGGUAAACACUGAACUGGAUCCAGUUUUCCUGAAGGCACUGGGUUACCUCCAUUCCAAAAGCAAAGACUCGGCAGAGAAAUUGAAGGCCUUAUUGGAUGAGUCUCUCUGCAAGGGAAUCGACUCUGGGUAUCGGCCUCCGCAGAAGGAUAUAGACCAACCCAAGGUGACAAUUUCUAAACCAAAGCUGGAAGUUAAAGCCAGCAGUUCUGCAGCGAGCAGCAUCCUAAGCAAAUCUUUACCACCAGAGAAGAUGAAGAAGGAAGCAGAAAAGAGAUCUUCUGACAAGAUGAAGGUGGAGCUUUCGGACUCAAUCGACUUGCCAAAGAAACCUCGUUUAGAAAAGACGGAAGCACGCUCGUCCCCCAUCACCGUGCAGACCAGCAAGGAUUUGCCCAUGCCAGAUCUUUCCAGUUUUGAUGAGACUAAUGCUGAUGAUUUUGCCAUGGAGAUGGGACUAGCCUGUGUUGUGUGUCGACAAAUGACUGUAUUCUCGGGCAACCAGUUGGUUGAAUGCCAGGAGUGCCACAAUCUCUACCAUCAGGACUGCCAUAAACCCCAGGUCACAGAUAAGGAUGUGAAUGACCCACGUCUUGUUUGGUAUUGUCUCCGCUGCACCAGGCAAAUGAAGAGAAUGGCACAAAAGAAUCAGAAACCCUCACAGAAACCUGUCCCCACUGCAACAUCUACCGCCACGCCAGUUGUGAAGGACCCAUCAGUCAACAAGCCAGAACUGAAACCCAAGCCUGAUUCUGCUAACACCUUUUUAGCUUUCAAAAGAACAGAAGUUAAGGCCUCAGUGGCAGUAUCAUCAAACUCCUCCAACUCUGGGGCGUCUUCUACUGCUGCAAGUGGCCUCACAGGCUGGGCUGCCUUUGGAGCAAAAACUGCUAGUGCUGUACCAGCGACGGCCAAACUGAGUUCCACAUCACAAGCCGUUGGUGGAAAACCUCCUGCCCUUUCUUCCGGGCAGAAACCUGCAGGCGCAUCUAGCCUGGCAACUUCCAAGACUGGAUCUGUGUCUAAAACUGGAUCCGGCAGUAGCAAUUCCAAUCCCAUCCCACUUAAACCCCUGCCACCUCUCAUACUGGGGAAAACUGGACUCAGUCGAUCCAUGAGCAGUGACAAUGUCAGCAAAGCUAGUCUGCCUAGUCCAAGCGCAUCAUCGUCUGGGAGCGGAAGCAGCAUUAGCAUCCAGAUGAGCGGUGGAAACGGAGGAAGCAAUGCUGCCGGAAACAGUGGGAACAACAGCAAAGCGACUGUAGAUCCUAAUAGCCAGCAGUCUGGAGCAAAAGGCCCCACAUCCCAGGAGUCCCAGCUGAAUGCCAUGAAACGACUGCAAAUGGUAAAAAAGAAAGCUGCACAGAAAAAGCUAAAGAAAUAAUAAAAGACUUCAGGAGCAAUAUACUGUGGGUUGGUACUCUGGGCUUGACAACACUGGGCACUUGUCAUUGGGUAGCGGGCAAAUACAUUAAAUGCAAGACAAAAAAUACAUUUCUUGUGUUACUCGUAAUGUGCACCUGUUG